AUGACUUCUCCAGUCAAAGGUGACGGCAAGCUCUCGGAGCUCAAGGCGGCUGAUGCUCGCCUGCUGAUCUAUGGUGCCCUGUGCUGCGAUGGCAAGAUCGAUUUCGAGAAGCUCGCCAGUUUUGCCGGAAUCAAAAAAACCUCUGCCAGUACAAACUACUGGCGUGCCAAGAACAAUCUCCAGCAAAUCCUUGGUCUGAGCGCGGCUUCUCCCACCCAGGCCAUUGACCCUAAGAAUGACGAUGCCAAGAAUGAGGACGUCGACGACGCUGACACUGGUUCGCCCAAGAAGACCGCUGCUCGUGCCAAGCGUGGUACAGCCAAAGACGCAUCGACGAAGAAGGAGCCUGCCAAGCGUCGCAAGACCGUUUCCAAGACCACCUCUCAGGUCGUUGACUCCGCCCAGGCUGAAGAUGCCAGCGACAUUGCCCCUGCCGACACCGUCGAUCAGACCAAGUAG